AUGUUAAUUGUGUAUAACGUGACAUUUAAAUUUGGGAAGGACUCUCGAUUGAUUGGGCAAUCUUUUAAAGGUGGAUCGACUGAGCGACCAUCGGAGUCUGGAAUCAAAUUUGAUACUAUCAAACAAAAAAUUGUCUUUGAUGUUACGAAUGCCAAUAUCAAAUUUCCACUUAUUUUAGCAAACAAAAGUGACUUUUUGGAUAUAGGAAAUGUCGAUUUUGAAUUCACAAAAGAGCCAGAAUUUUGUGUGGAUUUGUUUUCGUUUGGAAAAUUUAAUAAUGCUUUAAAAAUAGCUUCAAAUAUGAUAAAUAUGGGUAUAAUUAACAACCAAAUUGUUCAGUUGUCACACUCUAAAUUGUUGAGAUACUGUCCUGUUGGUAAAGAAGACAAUGAAGUAGUUUGCAAAAUGUUUAAAAAUAGGUAUUAUGAGGACAAUUUAAAUGGUGAUAAUUAUGAUUACAAACAUUGUCCUUGCAACAAUGACGAAACAACUGAUUGCUAUUUUGUUCCAUUUUCAAAUUCAUUGAACACCCCCAAAGACAUCGAACAUGAAGUUAAUAUGACAUUCACUGAUUUAAUUGAAACGGUCCAAGUUGGAACAGAGUUUCCCAAACAGACGUUGAAUGGAUGGUUUAACACUUUCAAUUUCUUUAAUAAGUUUGUGUUCACUCGAAAUAUGGCAUCAACUCCAUCAGAUGUGUUGAUUGAAAUGGGUAUUAAAAAAUCAAUUAAACAACCACUUGUAACAGUGGAAGUGCUUCCAAAAUCGUUUUCAUAUGUCACUGCUAAUAUUGAAACCAAUGAAGCAAUUGUGAUGAAGCAAUUUACAUCCACCAAGCAAUUCAAUUUUACCACAAACGUACCUUAUGUACUUUUGGUUACUAACAACAAGAUAAAUUUUACAGACCAUGGUAUUUAUACAACAUUUAAUUUCGAUUCUGUAUCACUUGAUUUCACACAUUUACAUUCAGUGAAGGUUAUCACAAAAGACCCAAUUUCAGAUGGAAAGUUCCACUGUUCGGAAACAAUGUUUGAGGAUAAUAAAAUAAAAUGUAAAGGAACAUUGGAAUUGACGUGUAAUGCAACAGAGUUUGCUGAUUACGUGAAUCAGGCAUGUCAUACCCAACCAGUAGGUUCAAAGAAGUGUUUUUCGAUCACGGACUGCAUCGCAUGCAAUGACAAUUACAUAAUGGAUGAAGACAACCACAAAUGCAUUCAAAAGGAGGACAGUUGUUUGUUUUCAAGUAGUGACGAAUGCAGACGUUGUAAAUUUGGAUUUACUCUCAUAAAUGCGAAAUGUGAAAGUUGUGCUGAUCAUUGUGGCAUUUGUGAUGACAGUCCAUGUGAUUUCUGUUACAACUCAGUGCUGAACAACGAAGGUAAAUUGUGCGACAUGAUAAACGGAUCAGAAUAUUAUAAAGAUGGUCAAUUAAUACAGUGUGACAAUUCACAUUUUAUGGUUUCAAAUAACAUGUGCAGUUUAUGUGAAACUUCAAAUGAAAAUUGCGAAUUUUGUGACAACAAUAAAUUAUGUAGUAAAUGCAAAAUUGGGUUUGUGUUUAAUUCCAAAAAUGAGUGUGUUUCGAAAAAAUGUUCAGAUAUGUUGUGUGAACAAUGUGAAGAUGGUUAUGUCUUUUCAGACAAUGGAACUUGUGUUGCUUUUCCCAAUAAAUGUAAAACAAUUCGCAAAGGAAUUUGCAUUGACUGUGAAGAAGGAACAACUCUGGUGGGUGGAGAGUGUGUUGAUAACGCCAUUGUUAAUUGUAUGAAAUACACAACGUCAAACGGGUGUUUACAAUGUGAAAAUGGGUAUUUUUGGGAUUCAGGAAAAUGUACUGAAUGUAGUGAUGAAUGUAAAACAUGUUUAAAUAAGGCAAAUAAUUGCUUGACUUGUCCAGAAGGUACUUUUAUAUCCGAAGGAACUUGUUCCACCAAUGAAAAGCUUGAGGGUAUUUGUCUUCAAUACGCUUCAAAUGGAGGAUGUGUCAGAUGCAAAGAAGGUUACUUUAGAAAAGAAUUUGAUUGUGUCAAAUGUGACGAUGAAUGUGAAACGUGUCAGUCCAAAGGAAGUUGUGUUUUGUGCAAUUCAGAGCACUUCAUGACAUUUGAGAACACCUGCAAAUUAAAAAGUCUAAUCGAAGGUUGUCAAACGGACAUUUCGAGUGUUUCUGGAUGUCUUCAAUGUUCGAUUGGAUAUUACUUGUAUCACAAAGAAUGUUAUAGAUGUGAUGAUAAGUGUUUGACAUGUGAAAAUGCCUUCGAGUGUCUCUCUUGUAAUUCGACGGUGGUGUUGUCCAACAGCAAAUGUUUUGUCAUUUCCGAAAUUAAGAAUUGUAUUUCUAUAUUAAAUUCUCAAUGCACAAAAUGUACUUUUUGGAAGGCUCCAAACGAUAAUGGUGAUGGAUGUAAUACUAAAAUUGUUUGGUGGGUACUUCUCUUGGUUGUUCUGUUUGUUGUAAUGAUUUUGAUUCUUCUAAUUGUUGUAACUGCUUUAUUCACAAACAAAAUGCUCAAAAAAAUUCACCAAAAUCAACAAGAACAAAAUGUCUGUGUAUUUAAAAUAAAUCGAAGUAAUAUUUCAUUCCCAUUUGAAGUUUGUGAAUCUCUGGUUUCAAACAAAUCCAAACUUACUUUCAAAGACGACAGCGACGCCAUCCCCGUUGGUGAGGAGACGCGUGAAUUGAUAUGCUUUGGGAAUACAGGAGACUCGACAAUGAAAGUACAAAUCACCGUAAAGGAGGGGUGUGUAAAAUAUCAAAUCCGUAGUCGUCCCAACAUCAUUACAUUAAAGAAAGGUGAAGCGUGUGAAUUUGAAAUAUUUAUUCGACCACUUUGUACUUCAAAUACAGAAGACUCAAUUAAUUUGGUUACACUUGAUAUGAAAAAAGGCAAACCGAUUACUUCUGAAUUUAGAAUGUGUGUAGAGACUGUUAUCUCAACCAAACUCGACUUUGAUGAAUUGGUUGAAGAAACAAAAAUUGGUGAAGGCUCCUUUGGGAUUGUGUAUAAAGGAACUUUCAGAGGAAAUGUUGUUGCAAUUAAAAAGAUGAAGCAGUGCGCUCAAGAAGAAGAAAAUGGUGAAAUUGAAGAAUUUGAAAAAGAAGUAGAAAUGCUUGACAAGUUUCGAAGUCAGUACAUUGUUCACUUUUAUGGCGCUGUUUUUAUACCAAAUAAGAUAUGUAUGGUCACUGAAUUUGCUCAAUAUGGAAGUUUACACGACUUGAUAAAAAACAAGGACAGACAACCAAUACCCAUGAAGUUGCGUAUCAAAAUGGUGACAGACGCUGCUAGAGGAAUACUUUACUUACAUGAAAAUGGUAUUUUACAUAGAGACAUUAAACCAGACAACAUUCUUGUAGUGUCAUUAGACGAGACUGUGGCAAUACAUGGAAAGUUAACUGAUUUUGGCUCAAGUCGGAACAUUAACAUGAUGAUGACUAACAUGACAUUUACAAAGGGAAUUGGUUCACCUUCAUAUAUGGCGCCGGAGGUUCUUCACCAAGAUAAAUACAAGAAACCAGCAGAUAUAUUUUCGUUUGCAAUAACAUUAUACGAGUGUGUGAAAUGGGGCGAGGCAUAUCCCAAAACCGAAUUCAAAUUCCCUUGGAAAAUAGCAGAAUUUGUGAAUAAAGGAAAUCGACUUAAUAAAGCUGAUGGGAUGCCCGAGAGCAUUUACAAAAUCAUUAAACUGUGUUGGGCACAAGACUCCAAUUUAAGGCUUGAUAUUAUGGAAGUUGUGUCUCAAUUGUCUACUUUAAUUUUGUGA